AAGUCGCUUAACUCCUGUUUGCCUCAGUUUUCUCAUCCGUAAAAUGGGGAUAAUAAUAGCACCUAUCUCCUAGAACGGUCGUGAGGAUCAAAUGAGAUCCUGUGUAUAAAAUAAUCGUGUAUAAUACCUACAUAAUAAGCAUAAAUGCCAGUUUUUGUUAGCAUCAUCUUCAUCAUCAGAGAGCAGAGCAGCUGGGAGUGUGAAGACCCGGCUUUUGUCCCAACUCUCCUCUUCCCCUGCCGGGGCUCACCUUAGGCCGGUGUCCAUGGUCUCUCAAAUGAACAGGUUGGACCAAAUCCCUUUUAUUUAACUUUUACACGUUGUUUAAAUAAAACUCUCUGAUAGAGUUUUUCCCGUUUUCUUUAAUCUUUGUCUUUAUGUCCCCAUCAGUGUCUGACACAUAGUUCGGGCUUAAUAAAGGAUUAUUGAAUUGAAUCCCCUCCAGCUGUGACACUAAUUCUCUCAGCCUAAUCCCGAAGGUUGUGCCUGGGAAUCCACAUCCCAAGUGGAGGACGCCUGUGAUCUAAUCACUCUGUAUCUGAAAGAGACUUCCCACUGCCAUUCCCAGCAGGGGAUUAUCCAGCUUCUUGCAAAUCCAGGGGGGGAGACCCCACUCACAAUCUUCCGAGCCAGCCCGGUCCACUUAGGGGCGCCUCUGAGUGUUAGGAAGUUUCACCUUACAUGAACUGGAAUCCUGCAGUUUAUGCCAUUGGGUCUCGUUCUGUUACCUGGGACCCAUAAUGGAACCCUGAGAAGCACAACAGGCAUAGCAAAGUCGGGAGAACCUGCUCUGCAGAAUGAGGGAAGACCCCAAAACACCAUGCUUUCUUUUCAGUUCUGGCUCAAGCUGACUCUUUUCCUGCUGGCUACAAUAUGGAGAAUUUGGAGGAAGACAUAAUGUUUAUUGUGGAUGAGACAUUGGAUUUUAGUGUGCCAUCACCUUCAGACAGCCGAGAGGAGGAAGAGGCUGCGGAGCCAGUGAUUCCUGAGCGGCCACCUAGACGGGGUCUGGCCCACCGGAGUGACAUGAAUACUGUGGCCGAAGAGCCCCAGGGCUUAAGGCUAAGCUUAGGCCCUCUCAGCCCGGAGAAGUUGGAGGAAAUUCUGGCUGAAGCCAACCGUCUGGCAGCCCGACUGGAACAGUGUGCCCUGCAGGAGAGGGACACUCCUGAUGAUGGCAAGGGGAGGCGGGUGAAGGCCAGUCCCCGACGGGAGACAUUCGUGGUAAAGAAUAGCCCUGUCCGAGCCCUGCUGCCCACCGUGAGCUCUUCCAUCCGGGGGGCCUCUUCUCUGGGAGGCCUGAGCCCCCGACUCCGGAGCAAUGAGAAGAAGGCGUCGAGCAAGGCUCUUCGAGCUGUGCCUGGGAAGAAGCCUUCUAGCACAAAGAAAGAGGUGCCCACUGGCAGUGUGCUCCCCUCCGCAAGAAGUCAGUCUUCUCCCCUCAGCCGGAUCACCCCUCCAGCCCGGGGGAAAGUGGGACCCAGCGGCAGAGCACCUGUUGCCGGCUCAGCUUCCACCACACGGCCAGCCCUCACCCUACAGCUUCCCCCAAGCACCCUUCAGCGCCCAGCCCGGACACAGGGCCCGGCCAGCAGGCCCAGCAAGCUGCCCACACCUACUGCCAUCCCCAAACCCGCCAGCCAGGCCCUGCUCUCCAGCAGGAGUCCCCUGUCUGGGAAAGGCAGUCUGCCCCCAGAGUCCACUCCACCUCGGAAAGGGCCAUUAAGGCCCAGCGCAGCAGGACACCGAGUUUCUGCUCCCCAGAAAUCAAGCCUUCCAGUCUCUGCUGCCUCCCGAAACCAUCUGCAGUUCCCCAAGAAGGUGAUGACGUCUGGACUCACUAGAGGGACUUAAGGAUCCGGAACUCAGCUGGGGGAACAGAUGCAGCAGGGCUGUUGUCCCCUCAAUGGGGGGACGCCAACUGAGGAGACACCAGCAAUUCAAGGAGCUCCUCGUUCUGUCUCUUUAGGUAAUGAGAUGAACCCUGUGAAAACAAACAAGCCACUCCAUGAGCACCCGGGCUCAGGCUGAUCUCUCAAGCCACCUAUCCUUCUCCAACUUUUAAGUGUUGCCGCAUCGUUGCCACCCAGACCAAGCUCCUGGACCUCCCGCACCCUGAUAUGUGGCUACAGAGAGCUUUAGGGGAGAUGGGAAAUCUUGCUUCAGUUAAAUGAAGUAUUUCUGAGGGGAAAGGGAAGAGCAAUUUUAUUUCCUGAAGUGAAAUGUAAUCACUCCCCUCUGGACCCUCAAAAAAAAAAAAAGUGAAUAAAAGUAACCCCUUCUCCUGGGCCAUCUUCACAUGACUGUUCAGCUCUGGAAGAUUCAAUUCUUCAGAUGUUAUCUGGCUGGGCAAAAAUGUUUUUACAAAGCGCCCAGUUCUGUGAUCUCUCUCCGUUCCCAGAAGAGAGAGGGGUUUCUAACUCACAUCCACCACUGGACUCAGGAUUGGCUUGCAGCUACCAAGCCAGAUUCUGUCUUUUUCUAAAGUCUUGUCUUCUGUAAAUAAAUACUUUUUAUCUCCUGAA